UGUUGUGAAAAUUGCUUGUCGUCGGCCGCUAAAGUAAUGUUAGGUCUUCAAAUUGUUUUAAGAAGCUGCCGUGCGGCUCAAAAGGGUUCCAUCAGGAAAAUCUCCGCUCUUUACAUAACCGGCGACAAGGCUAACGAAAACUAUGCGACUUUGCAGCCGUAUUUGGACUUCGCCGGAACCUUCGACGAGGCCGCGUCUUUGGAGCAGAGUAUCGCCAGCCGUGGCCUGGACAUCAGUGUGGAAAGUGUGUUCCGCAAGUACCAAAAGUACCAGACACACCAUGAGCAACUCCAGAGGGUGGUGGGAGAGCGUGAGGCAGUCACCAAAAAUCUCAAAGAAGUAACCAAAAAGGGAGGCAGCGAGCUGCAGAUUGAAGAGCUCAAAGAGCAGGGAAAAACGUUGCGCAACGAUUUGAAAGCCCUCAAACAGGCACUUUACCCCAUCGAGGAUGAUUUUAUACAUGAUUUUCUGCAUUUACCCAAUCGUCUGCAUGCCCAGUGUCCCACUGGAGACCGGGAGGUACUGCUCUAUCGUCAUAGCCUGCCGGGCAGCACUAGCAACGUACCAUCCCAUUUAGAACGGAAAGAUCUUAUUCACUUUGUGGAUAAUAAUCGCUAUUACAUGAUGGAGCAGGCAGCUCAUUUUGAUGUCAAUGCCAUGCAGUCGUUGGGCCGCUAUUUCGUCACCAAAGGAGACUUUGUUCAAACCGCCAAUCCUGACUUUGUGCGCUGUGUUCUUUUGGAGGCCAACGCCACGCCCUUGGCCGACUAUCACAUGGUCAGGGAGGAGCAUCUCCAAAACAAGAUAAAUACUGCUUACCUGACCGGUGGUGCCGCUUUCGAGAGCUAUCUGGGGGCCAUGACUAAGCUUUGCGUCUACCCCUCUGUGCUGCCCCUGCGCUAUGUCUGCUGUGGACGCAGCUACAAUCGCGCCGAAGCUCAGCAUUACGGACCUACUCCCAGUCUCUAUACAGCCACCCAAACAAAUGCUGUGCAAAGCUUUGUGGCCACCCAAACGGCGGACGAAGCAAACGCUCAGCUGGAACAUAUCCUGAGCCUUGCUAUCGACUUCUACAAGGCCCUAGACGUGCCCUUUCGCAUUGUGUAUGCGCCAGCGGCAAGCCUAACUCCGUCGGAAAGCCUGCGUGCGGUCAUCGAGGUAUAUGCCCCGUCGCUUCAGCGUUACGUCUGUGUGGGACGAAUCAGUAACUACGGAGACUUUGUGUCAAAACGCAUUCUGUUUAGUACGAGGCGGGAAAAGCACUACGAUUUCUUGCAUUUAGUUGGAGGACCCGUGCUAUACACCACGCGACUGAUAGCGGCGUUGCUGGAACACAACAUACGCCUGGUGGAUUGCAAACUGGUGGGGGCCUCCUCCUCCGGUGGGAAACCUACGAUGGAGCAGGAUCUGCAGCAGUUCAAGGACCUCUUCACAUAGAGAUCGAGAGAGGGAUCUUUGUUCAGUUUGUAUGUGGUGUGCUUAGGUCUAACAAUAAGUAAAAAGUUAAGUUUUACAUACAA